GCAUGGCAGCGUCUCUUCGUGGAAGGGCCAAGCGCAGCUGUCAGGACCCCUGGGAAGCCGCCGGUGCAGCUCCACUUGCUUUGGGGCCACUGCCACGAGUCGCUCCUGCAAAGCCCGCCAGGUGCAAGUGGGACUAGCACACGGCAGCCUGACUUCCAAGCCUUGAUUCAGCGCCGGCGACGGCUUUGGAUGGAGGUACCUGCCGCUAAGCGAGCACGACGCACCCCGUCGCGCUUUGAGGGCGGCCGAAGUUGGUGUCAAGGAUGGCGGCAGAUGAUGCGGAGCCGUGAAGCUGACCGCGUCCUGUUGCAGACCUUGGAGAUCUCUGCGGAAGCCGCGGUGACGGCUGCCAAGCUCUGGUGGAAGGAGAUACGGCUGCAACCUCCCUGGGCAUUGGUGCAUUCCUCCCUCGCCGAGCCCGAAAAGCUCCGUGCUGGGAUUUCGUCUCGCUUGGCCAGCGAAGAACGUGGAGGUGCUCGAGUUGCUCGGCUCUCCGACGAAGCUCCGCCGCUUCUGGCUGCCUUUGUUGAGCUCUUGUCUUCGUGGCUGCCGAAGCGGCUGGCGUCUGAAGGAGGUGAGGCACUGGCAUGCCAGCAAUGUCUGGUUGUGACGCUGCCUGGUGGAGACGAGACGGUUUCCAGGUGGCUGCAGAAUGCCAUGGGCAUGUCGCAGGCACGGACCUUGCACGUGCCGUCCGAUGGUGCAGAUGCAGGACUUGCAGGAGGUCAGGCAAAUCUGGUGCUCGUGGAGCUUUGCCAGACUCCAGAUGCGCAUCACACUUGUGAGCUCGCCACAGAUGCCCCGGAUCGUCGAAGAGAGAGUCUACUGGAACCUUUGGUCCACCCGUCCUUUGCGAUGGAGUUCUGA